AAAUUCAGAAUCAUGCGCAAAAUCCACAAUGCUGAAAAAAUGUGAAGUGAAAUAAUUUAAAAUAUAAUUUUAUCUGUAUAUACAAUUACUAACAUCUGAAAUUAUAAUAACACGUGUUUGUGAGAAGUUGUAACCAUGCAGCAAAAUAAAUAAUCAAGAAGUUUAAUUUCAACCUACUUAAAAUGGAAGAAACCAAUGAUGCACACGGUUACUCCAAACUCGGAAAGUCUCGUAGAAGAAAUGAUUUCCACAAUAGUAAUGGAUUCACAAAUAUAUCACCCCCCAUAGAUUCAUACAAUGCUAUAUAUUUAGCAUUUGUUCUUGGUGGUGCUGGUUUUCUUCUGCCUUAUAAUAGUUUUAUAAUGGCUAUGGACUACUUCAAAGUAAGGUAUCCUGAUUCUCCAGUGGUGUUUGACAUGUCUUUGGUGUACAUUGCUGUUGCUUUCUUCACUGUACUGGGGAAUAACUUGUUGGUUGAAACUUUUACUCUUAAUUCCAGAAUAAAUUUCGGAUACUUUAUGUCUUUUGUAACUCUCAUUUUUGUUGUUGUGUGUGAAGUAUGGUGGGAGGCGUUUGGUACAGCUACUUCUUAUGGUGUAAAUUUAGCAGCAGUAGCAGUAGUGGCUGUCGGUUGCACAGUACAACAAUCCAGUUUUUAUGGAUACACUAGUAUGUUACCUGCGCGCUAUACUCAAGCUGUAAUGGUAGGCGAAAGUGCUUCUGGAGUAUUUACAUCAUCCGUUCGAGUUCUUACCAGAUUUAUGAUACCAGAAAUACGAGGAAGUACAAUUUAUUUUUUUACUGUAUCAGUUUCAGCAGUAGCAACGUGUUUUGCAAUGUAUCAUCUUGUCAGAAGAACUGAUUUUAUACAAUUUUACAUAGCUUUAUGUGAGAGGGCAAAGACUAGGAUUACGCUUGAACCGACUGAAGAUGCUGGAUUGAUAGAAACUAAUGAAGCGCAGUAUGGGGUUCUAAAAAUACAGAAUAGUCCACCAGCCGGAAAUACUCUCAGUUUUGCAAAUCCAGCCUAUGAACCUUCAGCUCCAGUUCCGGUACCAACGUACAAAGUCGAAGAUGUGGUUAUUCGGGGGAGGCAAAGCGUCAGUACCGCUGGAGGACUGAGCGGUAUUAAAAGGGGAUUGUUAGCACGAUGGGAGAUCACUAAAGCCAUCCAUCCGUAUAUGAUAUCUAUAUGUUUGGUGUAUUUUGCCACACUAUGUUUGUAUCCUGGAAUAGCGUCUGAAAUAAUUAGUUGUCGUUUGGGGUCAUGGAUGCCUCUUCUUAUGAUGGCAUUAUUCAACGGAGCCGAUUUAUUUGGAAAAAUGUUAGCAUCCUCCUCUAGAUAUUGGACAGGUGGUCGCUUAGUUCGAUGUUCCGUCGCAAGACUUAUAAUGAUUCCUUUAAUGAUUAUGUGCGUGGCCCCAAGAUCAAAUCCAGUUUUUUCAGCCGAAGUGACAGCAUUCACUUUUGCUUUAAUUUUGGGCUUCAGUAAUGGAAUCCUCGGAAGUGUUCCAAUGAUACAAGCACCGAGCAAAGUGGAUGAUCGCUACAGGGAGCUUACUGGUAACAUAAUGACUUUGUUGUACAAUUUUGGUUUAACUACUGGAUCAUUAAUGGCAUAUUUUUUGGAAACAAUUUUGAAUCCUAUUGAUAAUCAUCCAUGUAGUACAAAUAAUGCACAUGUGAAAUUAUCAGAUACACCGCCCAUUAAUAUCAGUCUGACAACAGGUACAAUACGUAGUACUUCGGUUACAAUCAUAACUCUGGCAUCUACUUUAUCAACUGGUGUCGAUAAUUUUACAACAGAAUUUAGUCAAUAGAUGAUUACAAAUUCUACAUCCAUUUAUCCAAGCUUUGUUAGUGUUUAUUGAAAAAAAUAUUAAUAAAAAACUUAAAAC